AAAGCCUUUUCCUGCUGUUCGUUCCAAAACCGCGAUUCCCCUCUGUCUCUCGCUCGGUUCUUCCAUCAGCUUGGAAACCCUAGCGCUGCUCGGCCAUCCUCCGCUUCCACCGUUGCCGACGCUGCCGCGAUGCUUUCCUCCUUCAUCUUCGCCGGUCAGAUCCGGUUCCUGCUGCAGAGCGUGAACGAGUUCAACUUCGACUCCACCCUCCGGGAACUCUUCCAGCUCGUGGAGUGUGGAAGUGAGGGCAGCACCUUCUUGCUUCAGACGUGUUUGGAUCAAAUUUUAGUUAAAGAUGGAGAUAUUCCUCCGCUGAAAAAAGAUUUGGUUUCUUCUGUUGUGAGAUAUUUGCUAGACAAACCACAUUUCAGUACAAACCUUUCUGAAGCUUUGAGUAGCAUUUCGAUAAAUGAAAGUCUCCUUGAAGAUAUUUCUAACACACUGGGUAUGUCAGUGGCUGAGAAAAUAGGCGUUGGGCUUGCUUUAUUGGACUCUAAUAAUCCAGAUUUAAAGAUGAGAGGUCAAAAUUUUUGCAUUGCUCAAAUUGAGGAAUUAUGUGCAAAUCCUUCCUCCACUUUGCACACAGAGCAAAUUCAUGAUAUUGUCAUGUUUCUCUAUCGAACUGAAGGGCUUUCAAAGCACAUGGAUUCUUUUACUAGAAUUCUAUCUCUUCUUCAACUGAAAGGGAGAUCUUUUUUCUUGUCAGCCCCGUUGCUGACAAAUGAGAGCAUUGCUGUCAACAAUUUCAGGCAUUUGGAAUUAUUCUCUGGAUGUUUUGACAAUGAUUUUGAUGCUGCAUUAGCUGAAAUUGAAAAGGAGAUUAGCAUGGCUGACAUAGUGGCAGAAUUGGGCUAUGGAUGCACAAUUGGCAUUUCUCAUUGUAAAGAGAUACUGUCUCAAUUCCAACCACUCAAUGAAGAGACAAUUUCAAAGUUAAUAGGGAUAAUUGCCUGCAAUCAUUCCAAUCUUGAAGAUCCUCUAAAUGUUCAUGCAACUUUCUGUUCAGCUCUCGGUAGCUGCUUUGCUAGUGAUUCUUCACCAUUGAACACGUGGAAUGUUAAUGUUCUUGUUGAAACAAUUAAGGAAAUUGCUCCAAAGACAAAUUGGGCACUUGUAAUGGAAAACCUUGACCACGAGGGCUUUGUGAUUCCGGAUGAAACUGCAUUUUCACUUUUAAUGUCCAUAUAUAAAAGUGCAUGUCAGGAUCCUUUCCCACUCCAUGCUAUUUGCGGCUCUGCUUGGAAGAAUGCUGAAGGGCAGCUUUCUUUUUUGAGAUAUGCUGUGUCAGCUCCUCCUGAAGUUUUCACAUUCAAACACUGUUCAAGGCAGCUGUCAAUUGCUGAUCUAGAGCAUCUCAAGAAUGGAAAUCAGGCAUGGUUUUGUCUAGAUCUGUUGGAGAUUUUAUGCCAGCUUGCCGAAAGUGGCCAUGCUAGUUUGGUCAGGGUCAUAUUAGAUUACCCUCUUAGUCAGUAUCCUGAGGUUUUACUUAUUGGAGUUGCUCACAUUAGUACUACUUACAAUCUCAUCCAGUAUGAAGUAUCUUCUACAUUAUUUCAUGUGAUUCUACAAGAUCCCUCAAAAAGCAGCAUACUUGCUCAUCUAUGGAAAAUAAAUCCCAACCUAGUUCUUCGAGGAUUCAUAGAAAGCUUGAUUGAUCCCGAGAUUUUAUUUAGGAUUGUGGAUCUAUGUGAUGAUCUGAAGAUUUUAUCAUCCGUUCUGGUCGCAACUCCUUUUCCUUUUAGCAUUAGAUUGGCUGCUGUUGCUUCCAGGAAAGAUCACAUUAAUCUCGAGAAUUGGUUGAAUGAAUAUUUGACUGCAUAUAAAGAUGUUUUUUUUGAGGAUUGUCUAAGGUUUCUAAAAGAAGCACUCGGUGAUGCAAUAGCUGAUAUCCCAGAUGUCUCUCUUCCAGAGUCUCGAUCAGCUAUUUUGAAUGAAUAUCAUGAAACAUGUUCAAUAUUCUUCAAGGUUCUCCAGGCACAUUCUGGACAGUUUAUUUCUAACCAGCAUUUUGAGGAAAUAAAGAAACUGCAUGUAUCAUCUAAUCCAAGGAUUCCAACUGUUGAACCAUUGGUUCCGACAGUUUCAGAGGGUGUUUCAGAUGAUAUAGAUGCAGAGGUGAAUACCUAUUUCCAUCAGAUGUUCUCUGGACAGUUGACCAUUGAUGCUAUGAUUCAGAUGCUUGCACGUUUCAAAGAAUCUUCUGAUCCGAGGCAGCAGAAGAUCUUGGACUGUAUCAUCCACAAUCUAUUUGAUGAGUACAAGUUCUUCCCCAAGUAUCCCGACAGGCAACUAAAGAUAGUUGCAGUGCUCUUCGGUUCUUUAAUAAAGCACCAACUGGUGACAGAUAUUGCGCUUGGUAUCGCUUUACGUGGGGUUAUCCAUGCGUUGCGUAAAUCUGUUGAUUCUAAAAUGUUUAUGUUUGGUGCCAAUGCAUUAGAGCAGUUUACAGAUCGUCUAGUUGAGUGGCCCGCCUAUUGCAAUCACAUAUUACAGAUAUCUCAUUUGCGUGGUACACAUGCUGAAUUGGUUUCAUUCAUUGAACGAGCACUCACGAGGAUUUCCUCUAGCCAGUCAGAGUCAAAUAGUGGUAACCCAAUUAGCAUUGAUCAACAAAGCUCUGGAGCACCUUCUACUGAAACCAUGGAGGCAUCUGAGUCAUCAUGGCACAUGAUGGGUUCAGCUUCUAUCCACCUGGGCCACCAGUUUUCCUCUUUGCAGUUGCAGCAGAGGCAUCAGGGUUUUCUUGGUGAAAAGAGCAAAGCUUCUGCCAUGUCUGCCACUCAUACAAAGCCUCCUUCAUCACAUACUGGGCAAUCUUCAUUUCUUUCUGGAUCGUCAGAAUCAGUUGCUAACCAGAAGAUCACAUCUCAUCAUUCUGUUGCCACAGCAGCUUCUGUUACAUCAUCCCCAAAUUUCCUUCGUGCUCGGGGCACUACAGCUUCUGGCAUGCUUCGGCAACCUUCUUACAACACAGGUUUUGGGGCUGCAUUAAACAUUGAAACACUUGUUGCUGCAGCUGAGAGGAGAGAUACACCAAUUGAGGUUCCUCCAUCAGAAAUCCAAGACAAGAUAUUUUUCAUGAUCAACAACAUUUCAACUUCAAACAUGGAAGCAAAAGCUAAAGAGUUCAGUGAAGUUCUCAAGGAGCAAUAUUAUCCUUGGUUUGCACAGUACAUGGUGAUGAAAAGGGCAAGCAUUGAACCAAAUUUUCACGACUUGUACCUAAAAUUCUUGGAGAAAGUUAACUCAAAAAUGUUAAAUAAGGAGAUAGUGAAAGCUACGUAUGAGAACUGCAAGGUGUUGCUAAGAUCUGAUCUUAUUAAAUCCAGUUCUGAAGAACGAUCACUUCUUAAAAAUCUUGGUAGUUGGCUUGGGAAAUUUACCAUUGGUAGGAAUCAAGCAUUGCGUGCAAAAGAAAUUGAUCCCAAAGCUUUGAUUAUAGAG